AGAAGAAAACCUUCGCGCCACGGCGAAAAGUGCGAUGCGAAGGGUAGCCAUCCAUCGUCUUGACCUUUCUUUUGCUUUGUGCGUAUGCGCAGGUACUUCAUGGCCUCGUGUAUAUCUUUCGUAAUCGUCGGUUCGCUCACGGAUAUCUACCUGCGCAAAUACGGCAAAGAAGCCGGACAUGACCUCAACAACAUUGGUGCCUUCUUCAAAGUGGUGCUGUCGUUUAGCGCGGUGGCCAACACAGAGAAACUUUUAAACGUACAUGCCGAACGUGGUACGGAUGCCUGGCGUCUGCGGUUCCUGCAUGGGCUGCGAUUCCUCAGUGCGAGCUGGGUCAUACUGGGGCACAGUUACCUGACCAUCGAGCCGACGGCUGUGGGAGAGCUUCUCCGGAUCGUCCGGUUUGGGAAGAACUUCAUUUGGUGUCUCGUCGGCAACGCCUAUCCAUCUGUGCAGACCUUCCUCUUCAUGAGCGGAUUCCUACUGAGCUUUAACAUCGCUACGCACUUGAGGAAAAGAAGAGGAGGCCUCUGGCUACCGGUCACCUUACUCCUCGUAAGAAGAUACAUAAGGUUGACGGCGCCUCUCAUGUUCGUGAUCGGGGUAUGGCUGCUCGUGCCCCUGGUGGUUGACGGGCCGCUUGCCAAAGAACACCACCCGUCCAUAUUCGCCACUUGCACCCGCAACUGGUGGCGGGCGCUCAUACACAUCAACAACUGGAGCGACCUGCUCGACAUGUGCCUCCAGCACAGCUGGUACGUAAGCGUCGACUGGCAAAUCUACAUGUUCAUCUGGAUCAUUCCUGUCGUCAUGUUGAGCCACCCGAGGAUAGGCUUGCUGUGCGCGGGGGCCCUGGCAAUCGGCUCGUCAGCGGCAGUCACUGUCAACGCUUACAUGUACUCCUAUCAACCGCUACCCUUGUACGGCCAGCCACAGCUCGACAAGACACUGGACAUGAUGAAAUUCAUCUACUACCGGCCGUACGUCCACGUGACUUCGUACGCCGUGGGCAUCAUGCUGGGCUACGCAGUGAGCGCGCACGUCGGCCUGAAGCUUCCCCGCUGGGCGCGUGCCGCUCUCUGGACGAUGUCCACGAUGCUGGCGCUGCUAGUUGUCUUCGGUCCCUUCAAGUGGCUGCGUGGUGACUCUUGGCUGGGCGCUGACGCAGUUGCUUACGCCGGCUUAAGCAAACUGGCCUGGGCGCUGUCACUCUCCUGGGUCGUCUUCGCCUGCGCUUCGGGUCGCGGAGGUUUCGUCAGCAGAUUUCUAUCCUGGAGGCCUCUGAUUCCGCUGAGCAGGCUUUCGUACGGCGCCUACCUUAUCCACUCACCACUGUACCUCAUACGAGCCGGCAUCAUGCGAGAACGACUGUCUCUGCAGCACUUCAAUCUGGUAAAAGACUUCUUUGGAUGCCUGACGAUGUCAUUCCUGAUGGCUUAUCUGCUGUACCUGGUGUGCGAAGCCCCUGUUGCGUCACUGGAAAAACUGCUGCUGGCACCCGCGACUCGCAGGAUCCAGGCAGGGAACUCGCAGAAGGAUGCCACGAGCGAAGUUUCGCACGGCGAACACGGCCGGGAACAGGUCUGCGUCACCGUCAGCUCUGCACAGCGUUACAUUAUCACCGAGACCAAGUGCCGCCUCUAAAUAUUUCUUUUUCUCUUGUUUUUGAGCGCGUAAGAAAAAAGUCAGCUCUUUGAAAUGCUCCAGCUGCCUCGUAAAGCAGGCAGCGGCGUCGUCCGGCCACGCUGGUGUGAACGCUGUCACCUUUCCCAGCGAGACUGAUUGAGCCAGCUUUCACAACGACUAGCCUAUGUACGUCCUCGUGUUUUGGGUACUUUUGUCCUACACUGGCUGCCUGCAACAGUGAAACGCCAGUGCUAAGCCUUACUUAUCGUCUCUGUUUAGUUCGGUGCAAGCGACCAAAGGCGCUUAUGUCUAUUGUCGUAUACGUCGAAAAAAAAAUCUGGUGCGUUGGCAGCCACAUUUUAAUGCUUGCCGUUUGUGACUCUGGCGGCUUUGCUAUUUCUGAAUUCAUUACCAUUUUUGUACCCCGUUGGAGACAAUCCAUUCGAGGCCUUUACUUUUCUCAAUUUUAAAUUAAUGCUAAAGGUUGAGAAUAAUUUUGCAUUAGUUAAGCUGUUGUGCUUCUGUCACGGGAGAACCUGGUUUAAAAUAAUUGCGGAUACUCAGGGGAAAUAACGUGUUUUCUGAAUACCCGCUCAUAAUAAGACUGAAAGCCGAUGUAUAAUGCUUCUCCGUCAUGCUUAAGUACAGACGCUUCUGUGAAUGAACCGAUAACAAAAAACAAAAUACACAGCAAUCUUGUUUGUGUUUGGUAGCGGUACUGCUUGAUUGAUGUGUAGAAAAAGUUCGCUGUGAUUCCUUGCUUGGCAAGCAGGAGACACUGACAUUCGAGAAACUAGAAUCUUAGCAGAGCCCAAAAGACGUAAAAGAGAACGUUCGAGUGGUCAACCACUUUGUUGCACUCAGCUGGUGAGUCAGGGAUAAGAGUUGUGCUUUGAUUUGAAUUAUGAUAAUGCUGUAAAAUUAAAUAUGCUAGAUAUAUCAUCAAAAGACCACUGUAAUUGUUCGUGUGUAUAUAAAGCACCACUACCUCUUAGGCUCGGUUAUGCAUAUCAUAGUUCAUUUGGCGCAUCUGCUUUAUUUCCCACGAUUCAUCAGUACACCGCGACAGACAAAUCAUGCUCAUGUG